CUGAUACACUCUUAGUUUUACAGUUUAGGCCUUAUUGUGUUAUUGCACUCAGUAUUAGAAUUUUGAAAAAUGCUGAAAAGUCCAACCCAAAAUGAUGAGAAAAAACACAAAAAGGCUUGUAUUCAACCUACCAUUGCUGAUAUGUUCAAGAGGAAAGAAAAACGAAAAGCAUCUGAAGAAGAUAAAGAAAAUGGUCCAAAUGAUAAUUCAUUCAACGAUGAGGUCGUAAAUAACACCUCAGAUAUGAAACGACUGAAGACAAGUAUUGAAAAUAAUGUAAUAUGUGAGAAUGGAACUACUGAAUUGAAAUCACACAAAGAAACAGAAUUACAAAAAGACAAAAUCGUUGGGGAAAUUUUGCAAAAAAAGACACCAAAUACAAUGAAAUGUAAAUAUUGCAGACAACUACUUGACGAAGUUGAAAUGUUUGAAGGUGACACACCUGAUGCGAGUGAAGAAUUCAUUGCUCUCACUCACGAAUCAUUGGCACUGUUUGUGGGCAAUGAAGAGACUGGCCGUCCUCAGCACAAGAUCACUAAUUUCAGUGUUUAUGACAAGAAUACACAUUUGUGUCCGUUUGAUGCUGGUUUGAUUGAGAAAAAUGUUGAGCUAUUUUUCAGUGGUGUUAUCAAACCUGUAUAUAUUGAAGAUGCAGGUGUUGAAAAUGGAGUGCUUGGAACCAGGUUGGGACCGAUCAAUGAGUGGUGGACUGCAGGUUUUGAUGGUGGUGAAGCAGCUCUCGUUGGAUUUUCAACUGCAUUUGCUGAUUAUUAUUUGAUGGAGGCUAGUGCUUCUUAUUCUAAGCUAUGGAAUAGCAUGCAAGAGAAAAUUUAUAUGAGUAAAAUCGUUAUUGAGUUCCUUACUGAUACAAUUGAGGCAGUGUAUGAGGAUUUAGUAAAUCGUAUCCAGACUUGUGUUCCACCUGCCAACUUAAAUAUCACACAUUUUACAGAGGACAGUCUCCUACGCCAUGCACAAUUUGUUGUUGAACAAGUAGAUUCUUUUGAUGGAUCCAGGGAAGAAGAUGAAGAUUCAUUACUAUCUCAUCCAUGCAUGCGUGACCUUGUCCAUCUAGCUGGUGUUACCCUGGGUAAACGUAAAGCAGUACGAAAGCGUAUUAUCAAAGACAAAAAGGCUGUAAAAGCUUCAUCAACAAAAGCUACAACAACGCCUCUUGUGGCCUUCAUGACAGAGUCGUUUUUUCAAGGAACAGUUGAGACAAAAGUCAGUGCACCACGACGAAAACGAUGUGGUGCUUGUGAACGAUGCUUAUUGCCAGAUUGUGGAAAUUGUAAUGCUUGUAAAGAUAUGGUGAAAUUUGGUGGAAAGGGAAUCGCCAAACAAUCUUGUGUGGAAAGAAAAUGUCAAGAAAUGAUAUAUGAUGUAGACAAGGGUUCAGAAACUGAAGAAGAAAAAGAUGUAAUUGUUGAAAAAUUACCAAAAAGUCCGAAAUCGAAGGGUCUACGAAAAUCAAAAAAUCUUCACAAGUGGGUUGGUGAUCCCUAUGUCCCAUUUGGGACUGAAACUUCCAAUAAAAUAUAUUAUGGCACUGCCAAAAUUAAUGAAGAUGAAAUAACUCUUGGUGAUUGUGUCUCUGUACUUCCUCAGGAUCAAAGUAAACAUCUUUUCAUUGGUAAGAUUAUUCAAAUGUGGGAGGAACCUGACAAAACAAAAAUGAUUCAUAUUGAUUGGUACAUUCGUGCUACCGAAUCAAUUCUAGGCGAGGUUGCAGAUAAAGGAGAAUUAUUUUUAAUUGAUGAUUGUGAAGACACAAAACUUGAGUUUGUGAAUAGUAAGGUAAAUGUUGAAAUGAAAAGCACUCCUGAGAAUUGGUUUACGCUUGGAGGUGAAAUUCCUGAAAAACAUAACUGCGAUGGAAUCAGUGAUUUCUUCUGUCAGAAAUUGUAUGAUUCUGAUAUUGCUCGAUUUGAGGACCCCCCGGUCUCUUCAUGCAAAGAGGGGGAAUGUGAAUCAUGUGCCAGACUCAAUGCUAAAGAUGAAGCUGGUGUUCCAAAAGCAAUUGAUGAAAUAGAACGGACCGAAAAGAAAGUUGUUUACAAUAAAGUACAAUAUGAUGGAGUGAGCUAUACUGUUGGUGAUUCUGUAUAUCUUCCAGUGGAGGCAUAUGAAUUCGAUUUCGUUCAGCCAAACAAUAAUGAAGAAAAGCCAAAAAAAAACAAGAAAAUAGACUUUGAAAAAUACCCUGAAUAUUAUCGCAAAUCUACAAAACACAUCAAGGGGAGUAAUGAAAACGUCCCUGAGCCUUUUCGGGUUGCAAGAAUAGUAUCAAUAUUUUCUAAUAUGAAGACAAAUGGCAAUCCAAGUGAUCAAGUCAAAAUUCAAGUUAGAAAGUUUUAUCGGUCUGAAAACACACAUAAAGGUAUCAGCGGUAGCUACUCUGCUGAUUUAAAUCUUCUCUUCUGGUCUAGUGAAAAGACUAUCGUGAACUUCACAGAAGUUCAAGGUAAAUGUAGAGUUGAACAUGAGUUAGACCUGAAAUCAAGUAUCGUAGAAUACACAGCUGGUGGUUCUGACAGAUUUUAUUUCAGUGAAUCAUAUGAUGCAGAUGACAAGUCAUUUGAUGAUCCACCACUGUCUGCAAGACGCAUUGGACAAUCAACAGGAAAGAAAACAAAUGUUAAAGUUCAUGCUAAAAAGAUUAAAGUUACUAAUGAAAAAGAGAAGAUUGAUGAUGAAUGUGAAUCGAAACACAGUUUUAAAAAAUUGCGUGCAUUGGAUGUAUUUGCUGGUUGUGGUGGCCUCUCGGAAGGUUUUCACCAAGCAGGUAUUGCAGAAUCUUGCUAUGCUGUUGAGCUUUGGGAUCCAGCUGCUCAGGCAUAUCGUUUGAAUAAUCCCGGUGCUACUGUUUUUACAGAAGAUUGUAAUGUCCUUCUUCGACGUAUCAUGGAUGGGGAAGAAAAAAAUUCAUGCGGGCAAACUCUUCCACGAAAAGGGGAUGUGGAACUUUUGUGUGGUGGUCCACCUUGUCAAGGAUUCAGUGGAAUGAAUAGGUUCAACUCAAGAGAAUAUUCUCGUUUCAAGAAUUCUCUAGUCGUAUCUUACUUGUCGUACUGUGAUUAUCUUCGCCCAAAGUUUUUCUUGCUUGAAAAUGUGCGCAAUUUUGUUUCUUUUAAAAAUUGUAUGGUGUUAAAAUUGACUCUGGCUUGUCUAGUGAGAAUGGGUUAUCAAUGCACGUUCGGAGUGUUGCAAGCUGGUCACUAUGGUGUUGCUCAGACAAGACGACGAGCAAUCAUUCUUGCUGCAGCACCAGGAGAAAAACUACCUCUGUAUCCUGAGCCUCUACAUGGAUUUUCGCUGAAAAGUGGAUCUUUGACUGCACAGGUUGAUGAUAAACGUUACAUGAAUAACAUCACACGUCUUAGCUCUGCACCUUUUCGAACUAUCACAGUACGAGAUGCGAUGUCUGAUUUGCCGAAAAUUCCAAACGGAUACUCUAAAUUGGAAAGGCAGUAUGAUUCGGAACCAUUGAGUGACUUUCAACGAAAAAUUCGUGGCACAAGCUACCAGCCUAUUCUACGGGAUCAUAUAUGUAAAGAGAUGAGUCCACUUGUCGCAGCUAGAAUGUCUUAUAUUCCUCAUGCACCUGGUUCAGAUUGGAGAGAUCUUCCAAACAUAACUGUAAAAUUCGCAGAUGGAACCACCUCCAAGUUAUUAAGAUACACUCAUAAUGAUAAGAAGCAAGGCAAAGGCCCAAAUGGUGCAUUAAGAGGUGUUUGUCAAUGUGCGACGGGACAGUCCUGUGAUCCCAUGGAUCGUCAGUUCAAUACACUGAUACCUUGGUGUCUUCCCCACACUGGCAAUCGUCAUAACCAUUGGGCAGGUUUGUAUGGUCGUCUUGACUGGGAUGGAUUUUUCAGCACUACUGUUACUAACCCUGAACCUAUGGGUAAACAAGGGCGGGUUUUGCACCCUGAGCAACACCGCGUUGUCAGUGUUCGUGAAUGUGCUCGUUCUCAAGGGUUUCCUGACACAUAUCGAUUUUUUGGCACAGUCUUGGACAAGCAUAGAGAAGUGGGGAAUGCUGUCCCUCCUCCAAUGGCAAAGGCUAUCGGGUUGGAAAUCAAAAAAUGCCUCCAGUGGAAAGUGGAACAAGGAGUGAAAGUUAAACCAGAGCCAGAAAUAAAACAAGAAAAAAUUGAUAACAUAUAGACUUGAUUCUCUGUUAUGGACUUCGAUUUUGGCAACAUACCGUUGUAUCAUAUGUCAAGCUCAUUGAAUGCUAUUAAAAUUUCAGAAAAGAAUUAUAAGACUUUGUUAAUGUGUGUUGCUAUUGAUUUCCAAGUUGUUAACAACGGUAGAGCUGGAUAAAUUAAGUUAUAAUUCAAUGUCGCUACACUCCGGAACAAAUUUAGAUCAAACAUUUUCAUGUGUAUAUUUCAAAAUUCUGAAUGAUGAAUGAUAUCUAAUGUACUUUCAUCUUAAUAUGUAAUAUGCCAACUUAGUUUUUCAUUAUAUCAAUAUAUGAAAUUACAAUUGUGCACUCAUUUUUGAAUGUAUUUCAGAAAAAAUUUUGACUUGUGUUGUAUGUGGUACAGUUUAGGUUGUUCCAACUUUUUGGACGGACUUUUAUAUUAUAAUUUUCUAAGUCAUGUUCCUUGCACUCUUUUAUACAAGGAUUUUCUGCUCAAUUACACUGCCGAUAUUUCUUGUAAUACAAUUACUCAAUAUGUGCAGAUUUCAAUGUCUUAAUAUUUUGUAUAUGUUGUCAAGUGCAACUAAAUUUGAACUUCUGCAUGUGUAUUUUUCGAUAGUUUCACAAAGUGAAUCGUUCAUGAAGUAUAUAAUAAAUGUAAACUUAUAUUAUUUACACAAAAUGAAACAAACGUAUACAUUAACCUUUUGCAUAUGUAUUCAUUUGCAAUUCAAGUUGAUCUUUGUAUGUAUUCUGUCGGAUAAUGUGGUUUAUAUGUAAAGAAGACAUGACAACUUUGAUAGGAUCUGAAUCAUUUCAUUGAGAAACGAUCAUUAACUUUAAGGUGUUUGCUCUUGGUUAAUUUGUGCAAUAAAUUCAAGCCUCAUUUCAUAUCUUGAAUGCUGAAUGAGUGUGGAACCCUGGCUUUGGUUCCACCUUUCAUACACACACAUAUUUCCGAAAUUUCAAUGCAUUGAUUACAUAUUAUUUGAUUAAACUUGAUAUAAUUAAGUUUCCAUCUGGAUUGAGUAUCAUUGUUUACAAAUUGUUAAUUAUCACCUCGGCUCAUGCACUUGACUUGUAGAAUUUCAUAAGUAUCAAGUUUUGUAUAAAGUUUUGGUUCCCACCUUGUGUUUUUUUUUGUUUAAAUUGUUAACAGUUUGUCUAAAUAAACAUGUUUCAUACCAAUGCUUGA